UUGUGCAUAAAGUGCUAAAAAAGCGUCAUUUACAAGGAGGAAACUGCACUUCGGCCAUAUUUAGAAACUCACGGUGUCGUAAGUCCAAUCUUCGACGGCUGCGACAUCUCGGGUACGUAUGGAAUUUUCUUUCGAAAUUAGGAGUUAAUAAGUUAAGAUUCCAGACGUUAUUUGCUUUCACGAUCAUAAGCUUAGGAACUAACAUACUACUCAUCUUAAGACCUCAGAGACCCCACUAUUCUACUGCGUUUAUUCUUUACGUCACAGUUUACAAUUUUGCUCUUUUUCAUAAUCGGAAUCUUUCUUACAAGAACAUGAACAGCGUAAAAUUUAAUUUGUUACAACAGCCAGUUCGUUUUUGAGAGUGGUAAUUGGGAAGAUGUGACUUAACCGAGAAAUAAUCGUUUGUUGCUAUCCUUUUUACAACAGAAACGAAUUUCCUUUAUUUUACUGAUUAUUGAAAUUUUCCGCUUAUUUACUUCGUCCUUAGAUCGGAUUUCAGUGCUUAUAACAGAUGUCUUGGAAGCAAUUCCCCAACCUCGCCGGUGUCUGUAA